AUGUUGUGCACGCCACCCAAGGCGGCGUGUGGCCAACUGUGGUGCACCACCACCAAGAACAUGAUGGAGGGCGAGGAGCUGGUGGCGUUCGCCGUGGACUUUGACUCGCGUCUGCAGGCGGUGAACCACAUGUCUCUGAGUGAGGGCAUGUACCCAGCCAGGCUGCUCGACAGCAUCCAGCUCCUGCCGCAGCAGGCCGCCAUGGCGUCCAUCCUGCCCACCGCCAUCGUCAACAAGGACAUCUUCCCUUGCAAGGCAUGUGGAAUCUGGUUUCGGAGCGAGAGGAACCUGCAGGCCCAUCUGAUGUACUACUGCAGCGGGCGGCAGAGGGAGCCAGAGACGGUGGUGGAGGACAACGACAACGGCCCUCAUCAGACGGCCAGCAUGUGCCCCUUCCCGCAGUGCAACAAGAGCUUCUCCGGAGCCAGAGCCCUGGAAAUGCACUUGAGCACCUCGCACAGUGGUGUCAAAAUGGAAGAGAGCCUCCCUCCUGGCACCAGCUUGAAAUGCACAAUCUGUAACUACACGGCAGAUUCUCUUAUUACAUUCCAGCAUCACAUCAUGUCUCACCUGUCACAGGCGGCCUUCAGAUGCAAUCACUGCCAUAUCAGCUUCCAGAGCCACAGGGAACUCUUACAGCAUCAGGACUUACAUGGGCACGGCAGCAAACUUCACAGGGAAGGCGACGGCACCGAGCAUUCCCCCAGGGGGCCCGAGGAAAGCCUCCAGCAGCAGCAGCAGCAGCAGCAGCAGGCCCGCGCUGAGCUGGCCAACAGGAAGGAUGCUCUGCUGGGAAGUCCCAAAGGGACCCUCAACAAGGAGACCUGCACAGACGGAGAGGCUGACAAGGCUGAGAAGAAGCCCAUGCUGUCUGUUCAGAAGGGAGAGGCCCACCCAGGCAGCAAAGCCAGUUUUUCUUACACUAGGAUCAAGUCUGAGCCCUCCAGCCCCCGGCUGGCCUCCUCCCCUGUGCAGCAUAACAUGCCUACAUUUCCCAUGGGCCCCUUCUUGUCUCAGUUUGCUUUCUCCCAAGACAUUUCAGUAGUCCCGCAGGCUUCUGAGAUUCUGGCUAAAAUGUCAGAGCUCGUUCACCGGAGGCUGCGCCACGGAGGGAACAGCUACCCCCCUGUCAUCUACAGUCCUCUUAUGCCCAAAGGGGCCACCUGUUUCGAAUGCAAUAUCACCUUCAGCAACCUGGACAACUAUUUGGUCCACAAAAAGCACUACUGUAACAGCCGCUGGCAACACAUGGCAAAGUCCCCGGACUUCUCCGCCCUCUCGGACAAGGUUCCCGAGGCGGUGAGCCCCAACAGCGGUCACAGUUCUGUUAGCAUGUUGACCAGCUGCCACCCGACAGACGCCGACAACCACAUCAUGCAGUCCGCCUGUCUGAACUCCAAUGUGUUGGACAUGAUCAACGCUGGGGUCAAAGGGCCCGAUAAGGAUCUAGCCGGACAGGUGAAGAAGGUCUCUACCCCGACUGGGGCUGAGGAGAGGCUGAAUGGCAAGCAGUUGGAGGGGAAAAGCCCCAGUACGGGUUUGGUGGAAAGUGACAAUGACCCGAACAAGACAACCUGCGAGGCCUGCAAUAUCACCUUCAGCCGCCACGAGACCUUCAUGGUCCACAAGCAGUACUACUGUGCCACGCGUCACGACCCGCCCAUGAAACGCAUGUCCAGCAACAAGGUACCCUCCAUGCAGAGAACCAUAAGGGCCCGCAAGCGCAGGAAGAUGUAUGAGAUGUGUCUCCCAGACCAAGACCACCAGAGGAACCCUAUGGGUCAGCCAGGUUUCCUCGGAGUUCCUCCUAUGAACCCUUGUACAUCCCAGGAAGCCGUAGAGAGCCUAGCAGACCGCUUCCACCCGCGCUGUGACAUCUUCCCCGGUAUGGUACCCAAACACCUGGAGGCCUCCUUGACUGUCACUAAACCCAUCCUGGCGCCCAAAUGCAAUACAGUGGAGCAGCAGGAGCUGGACGCCCCUAUUGAUCUCAGCAAAAAGUGUUCGCCCAUCUCCGACAAGACAUGUAGCUCCCCGAAAAGACUGUUGGACUACCACGAAUGUGCCGUGUGCAAGAUAAGUUUUAACAAGGUGGAGAACUACUUGGCGCACAAACAGAACUUUUGCCCUGCGACGGCCGCCGCCGCCGCCGCCGCUCAACAGCAGCAGCAACACAACGAGACUGGCAGCCUGGAGCCGACCAUGUUCCCAGAUGUGAAGAGCGAAGGCAAUAACAACCCCGAUGACGUCUACGAUAAGAGCCCCGGCAAAUGUGAGAAGAACGGCAACGGGAAGGGGAUGGUGCAGAACGGAGGCGUGUUCCCCCCUCACCUGGGGACCGUGCCGGGACUCAAGCCUUUUGCCGAGCCCCAGCUCAUCCCGUCAAAAGACGAGAACAAGAGUAUGUUUCUGCCCCACUGCCUUUAUCCCGGAGCAAUAAAGAAGGUGAAAGGUCCCGAGCAACUAUCGCCGUAUUUUGGGAUAAAGCCAACCGAUUAUGUGACUGGGGGACCAGUGAUGCAGGGAGAGGCCAGCGAUCAGGAGCAGAGCGUUAACGGGGGAGGAGGCGCAGGAGGAGAGACCGGAGCGACCAGAGAGCAGCCCCAGCAGCCUGCUGCUAAUGGCUGCCCCCACCCUGGCAAGGAGCCCCUUCCUUUACUCCCCAAAAACCGGGGCAUGGUCAUCGUGAACGGGGGACACAAGCCCGAGGAGCGUUCGGGCACCGCUCCACCGCAGCAGGAGAAUCAGCCCCAGGCAGACGGCCAACCUCCCAAUCCGUCGCCUACGUGGGCCGGCGAGAACCAGGCCGACUCCAACGAGAACAUGUCGCCCUCCUCCAAGUCUCCGAGCGAGGAGGCGCCGCCCACGGCCAACAAAGGCGUGAACGGCUCUGGAAGUGGCAAGUACUGCCGCCUCUGUGACAUCCAGUUCAACAACCUGUCAAACUUUAUUACCCAUAAGAAGUUUUACUGUUCAUCACAUGCUGCGGAGCAUGUCAAAUAA